AUGGACAGCCACGGACACCAUGGGACAGGAAAUAAGAAGAGCGCGCAAACGCACGAAGAGAGGACAACACCAGGAGAACACGGAGUUUUGAUAGAUGCAGGAGAUAUCGCGGAAAUGAGACCAUUCAAUUUUUUUAACAAAUGCCUUAUCAACGUCAUCUACAAACCGUUCACAAAAGUCAUCACAACUCGUAUCUCCGACUCAAUAGAUUCUAUCCAGUCUAAAGAACAGGCAAGCUUCCGCAAUGGAUUCUCAACAAAAGACCACAUUCACACACUAAUUCAGACAAUGGAGAGCAUAGAGGAAUAUGGGAAAUCUCUCUGUGUGGCAUUCGACGAUUACGAAAAGGCAUCCGACUCUGUACAUAUAGCAGCUAUAUUAGAAGUUAUCCGAAAACAAGGAGUAGAGGAAGCCUAUUGA